AUGUCCGAAGAUCCGUAUGAUGUCUUCCGCACCGAGCUAGCGUCGUCCCUCUCCCACGCGCACACACUGCAUUCGUCCCUCCAGCGGAUACGCGCCCUUUCCACCGGUCAAAAGUCGCAGGAACUACGGGAGGUAGAAGAUGAACUGAGGGGAACGCUCGCUGCUCUCGAAGCAGAUUUGGAGGAACUGGAGGGGAGUGUGAGGGUUGUGGAGGAGACGGGGGCGAGGAGGUUCGGGAUUAGUGAGGGGGAGCUCCAGGGGAGGAGAGGGUAUGUGAAGGAGGUCAGGAAGGAUAUUGAUACGAUGCGAGCGGACCUCUCAUCCCGACUCUCGCGCCCACCAUCAUACACCUCCCAACUGCAAGCACAAGCACAAGCCUCUCGACCCACGCACCCUCUUGACCCACCAACGCCAGGCACAGAAGACGACCAAGCCGCAUGGGCGAGGGAAGAGCAGCAAAUGCUCGUCCAGCAACAGGAUACGACACUGCACUACAUAAGCGGGACGCUGAAUACGCUCGCUUCCCAAGCAGGCCUGAUAGGCAGAGAAGUGGGAGAACAUAAUGAGAUGCUGGACGAUUUGGAGCGAGGUGUGGACCGGACGGACAACAAGCUUGGAGGGGCGAUGACGAAGCUUCGCCGGUUCAUACGACAGCAGGAGCAGACGAAAUCGGGAUACUGCAUCAUCUUCCUUAUUAUCGUUCUGUGCCUACUUCUGCUCGCAGUGGUACUAUUAUAA